AUGAUCAUCGUGUCGAUGUUCCGUAUCCUGUUCGACGUCGGAAUCCUCUUCCUGUUCGCCUCGCUGACUAACCCCCGCCAGGACCACCGUAAUCCGUACUGUCUGAUGCUACAGUACACCGCCGUCCCGUUCGCCGCUCGUCUCUUCCCCGAUUUCAUCACUCUCGGCACGGCGAAGCUCAUCGAGAAACCCUCUGCCGCCGUUCUUUCGUCUGACGUCAAUACUGAACCGAAAGCAAUCCUUCCGCUUCGAGUCUCGUAUCAAGAGAUCAAGUUCGAGAUGAGAAAUGCCACCUCUGAAGAGAACUUGUGAGUAAAUAGUCUGUAUGUCCCCUUUGGUCAUUUCUUAUUCUUCUAGCCUUGUCAUGCGCGACAGUUCGUUCAAGUACUUCCUGAACAUGUCUGUGCUCGUCUUCAUGUACCUCGGAACACUUCUCACUUGGGCAGCCGUCCGGAAGGCUCAAGUCAGCGGGCAGAAAGUGGAUAUGGGCAGAAUGAGAAAGACAUUUUCUCUUCUUUUGUACCUGUGUAUCUGCGCGGUUUGGAUGUGCUGCAAUACGGAUUAUAUGAAGGUAUAGCGAGAAAAAGAUGGAGAAAUUGAAAGAGAGAUUCAGGCGAAUUGGAGUCACUUGCGAGACAGUCGGUACGGCACUGCGAUCGUUACCAACUUCAUGGCUUGGAGCUUUUUGGCUGUCUCGGUCAGAAAUCUUCCGAGUCUUCUUUCUCAUUCUCAUCUAAUUUCAGAUCCGUGUGUGCUACCACUGCAUUCAAGUGGUCCCACCCAAAACGAGUGCUCAAUGUGGUUUCCUGCAACAAUACCUGGCCAUCCUCAACAUCUCCGUCUGGUACUCGUUCGUCGCCCUCUACUUUGCCUGUGAGUCCCUUCACUCAUCCAUCUCUCGCUCAUCCGUUUUGCUCAGAUGACUUCUACAAUCCGUGCACAUCCUCCUCAAAAGAUCUCCACGUCUUCAUGCCGUUCGACGAGAACGUCCUCGUCUCGCUGAUCUUCCUCGCCUCUUUCCUCUUUGCUCCGCCGUUCCGCUAUCGCUUCCCGCUUCCCAGCUUCUUUGUGAUGCGCCACAUUGGAGGAGGUCUUCCGCGUCUCCAGGAGCACCUUCGCAACCAGGAAAGGGCGGCGGCGAAGAAGGCUGCGACAGAAGAGCACGUGAAGCUUCACAUGGAAUCCGACGAGCAAAAGGACGCCCCGCCAGCCUAUGAGUCUGCUUGA